AUGAACGGCCUCACAAUCACCCCGUUCAUAGCCAAUCUUCCCAAGGUCGAACUCCAUGUUCACAUUGAAGGCACUUUAACACCCUCACUCCGGUGGGAGCUAUCCCACCGCAACAAUAUUCCCCUCCCGUACGCCACCUUCUCAGACCUGCAAGCCUCCUACGCAGUAACCCUCAACCACCGACCUGAGCUCAAUGGCCGCCAACCUGGUAUCCCAACCUUUCUAGAAGCCUAUUUCGCCGGGUGCGAAGUUUUACGCGCAGAAACCGACUUCUAUGAUUUAGCCAUGGCCUAUUUGCGCCGAUGCGCAGCCAUGAAUGUGCGCUACACCGAACCCUUUUUCGACAUCCAGGCGCACACACGUCGCGGCAUCCCCGCAGCAGCUGUCCUGGACGGCUAUCUACGCGCGCAACACGACGGUGCCACUCAGCUGGGCGUGCAUUCGCGCUGGAUCAUGUCCGGGUUUUCCACACUCACCUUCAACUCGGGCUCUCUCUCUCUCUAUAUAUACGGCAAGGAUAUGGAACUAUCUUUCAACCUACACAAUACCAAAACAGGGGUCGUCAAAUGA